CAGCAUCCCAAGUGUGUGGCCAGACGAACUGUGACUGGGGGAAGUAUGGUGAAAACUGCGACAAAGCUUGUCCUGAACACUGUAUUUUCAACAAAGAUAGAAACCUCCAACACUGUCACAAGAUCACUGGGAAGUGUUCCGAGGGCUGCAUGCAUGGUUGGCACAGCAACCAGUGCAAUCAUCCUUGUAGCAGCCACUGCCGUAACAACAUCUGCAACCAACAGAAUGGUCUCUGUGCCUUUGGCUGUGAUGGAAGCUACACGGGAGAUUUCUGCAACAUGACUAAAAGUACAGUGGUGACGACACAUGCAACGUUACCAACAACAGAGGCGUCACCUUCAGAGCCAAAGACGGAUCUUGUUGUGAUCAUCAUACCUAUAAUCGCCAUCAUCAUCAUACUUUGUCUGGUGGCUGUGGUGGUCUACAUAAUGCGAAAACGGAAGAAGAGAAGAAAAGCCAACAUUGAGAGCAGGUUUCAAGAAGAAGUUCCCUUGGUGGACAAGAUUGGGGCAGAAGCUGCCAGACCGGUGCUUGGUGUGGCUCAACAUAACCCAGAAUCAGAUCCAUUGGGUCAAAAGAUAAACAACACAAGAACCCUGUUUGUGGAAACUGAAAGCUUCAAGAAAGUGGAGAGAGAUGUUGGAUACGUUCCAUCAUGUGACAAUCAGUGGAGCUCCUGGAGCAGGUAAAACAUCCAUGGCCCUGAUGCUGGGAGCUGAAUACAGGAAGCAGGGUAUGAGCUGGUACUGGUUGAGGAUCUUGAUAAAGUACAGCUGUCUGACUGGCAGGGCGAUGGCAAAGACGUAUGUCUGAUAUUUGAUGACAUAUUUCAGAUGGCCGGGCCAUAUUUCGAUGUGCCUCGUCUAACGCAUCUUCUGUAUGAGCUCCAUAUGCAUCUAACACAGUGUAAGAAUAGGCCUGAAAGAAGAUAUGAGAGUUACCAACAGGAGUCGGGAGAGAAGGAAGGAGAGACAAUCAGUCAAACAUGUAUCUCAUAUUCACCUCAGAUUCCACCAUCCUAGAACGUGCAAUGUCAAAACUGGAAGGCCAGACAUUCAGGUUUUUCAACAGUUGUACAAUAGCAGACUUGACCAAAACAAAGUCAUUGUCCUACACAGAUGAGGAGAAGAAUAAAAUAUGGCUGAAACACAAAUCCCAUUACAAAUAUAAAGCAAAGGUCGAUGCGAUCGGACUUACUGCAAGCGAUAAACACGCUAUUGGAUUUCCUCUAGUAUGCAGACUUUUAUCUGGUUAUGCUGCCUUUCAGGAGAAGCAUGAAAACAUCUUGGUUAAUCCUGUACCGACACUAAAGCUUGAAUUUCAGGAGAUCAUCAGUCGGCGUGGAUGACCAGUCAGCUGCUCUGAUCCUGGUGCUCCUAUGUGACGGGCAGCUGAACAUUGGUCAGCUGGAGACAGAAUCUGACCCAGGCCUAGAGACUCACCUCCAGGCAGUUCUGACUCUUGUGCCAACAACAAACAGACAGAGUGUAGCUAAAGCUGUCAGGAGUCUUUGUGGUUCAUUGUUGACUGAAGGAAACAUAACAACAUUUUCCCAUUCUGUGAUUUAUGAUGUCUGUGUGUUCUGUCUUAUACAGCACUGAACCUGAGUUUGUUCGUGAACAUUUCAGCAUCCAGUUUCUCAUGAAACAUGUGCAGGAUCCACAAACUGACAUGAUAAUUCCUGUCAAUGAACACAUGCUAGUCAUUCAUUUCUCGGAGGAAUACAGUGGAACACUGGUUGGACAGGAUGGUUCACUUUCUUGUCAAUGGUGGAGCUUUAAACAAAUACAUUAUGUACCCUAUAUGGAAAAGAACAGAAGUAGCUGACAGAUUAUCUCAAAUGAUCAACAAUACAACUUUUCUGUCAGAUUAUGCCAGGCACAACAUUUUCUGUUACGCCUGCUUCACUUGGAACAAAUCAAUUAUGAAAAAACUCCUUCCCCACUGUGACAUCAAUAGGCCUGGUUUGAAUGGCUGGACACCUGUUAUGCAUGCAGUUGUCUCUGGACAGAAGGAAAGUAUAAAAUAUCUCAUGGGCCAUAAAGAUGCUGCAAAACUAAGUUGCGCCAACAAAGACAGCUUGCUACAUGUAGCUAGUGAAUACAGGACAGCUUCAGAUGUAGAUUACCUGCUGAAUGACCUGAAAUGUGAUAUCUACAGUCGGGGAGCAGACGGCUGGACACCAGUCACGCGUGCAGUGUUCGCUGGGAAGAAGGAUGUAUUGGAGGUUUUACGAAACACAAAGGUUUACCAGCUUUCAUCAUCAAAAAGGCUCUUCAUCUGGCAUGUGAGUGGGGAAAACUUUCCUAAUGGAAACUCUGGUUCAUUGACAGAUGUUAAUUCUCCUGGUAAACAU